AUGGAUGCCUUUCUUUCACUCCAAAACUGGUUGAAGUAUAUAAAAAAGUUGAAGGAACUGGGAGAAAACUUUGACAUUCUGAUGAUUCCGCUUGAUGAUGAUGAAGAGUCAUUUAAACAAGUAUUUGCUAACUUGCCUUGGUUUUCACUUCCCCUUGAAGGACAGGAGCUGCGAGAAGCUGAACUAUCUAAACUUCCUACAUUGGUGAUCAGUUCGCCAGAUGGGAAGGCUCUUCAUUCUAAUGUAGCUGAAGCCAUAGAGGAGCACGACAUCCAAGCAUACCCUUUUACACCUGAGAGAUUUGCAAAACUUGAGAAGAUAGAGAAAGCUAAUCGAGAAGCGCAGACACUUGAGUCAAUUUUGGUUUCAGGAGAUCAUGAUUUUGUUAUUGGGAAGGAUGGUGCUAAGAUUCUAGUGUCUGCUCUUGUUGGGAAGAAUGUUCUUCUUUACCUUUCUGCACACUGGUGUCCUCCGUGUCGUGCUUUCCUACCAAAGCUUACAGAAGCAUAUGACAAGAUUAAAGUGAAUGAUGAUUCUUUAAAGGUUGUAUUCAUAUCUAGUGAUAGAGAUCAGGCCUCCUUUGAUGAAUUUUUUGCCACAAUGUCAUGGCUGGCUCUUCCCUUUGGUGAUGAAAGGAAGGUGCUAACAGGCAGGACUGUUACAACUGAAGCCAGAAAUCUAGUUAUUUGUUUUGGUGUUGAUGCUUAUCCGUUCAUAGAGGAGCGCGUGAAGCAGAUUGAGGCACAAUAUGAGGAGAUGGCAAAGGGGUGGCCUGAGAAUGUGAAUCACGCUCUCCAUGAGCAUGAACUCGUACUUACAAAGCACUUGUUUUAUAACUGUGAUGGAUGCAAUGGCGAGGGACGAGUGUGGUCAUUCUGUUGUGAAGAGUGUGAUUUUGAUCUCCACCCCAAAUGUGCUCUGGAAGAGAACAAAGGAUGCAACAUAGAUGCAGAGGCAGAAGAAAAAGAGCUUGAAGAGGAGGAAAUUAAAUCAAAAGAAGGGUGGAUUAGCGAUGGAGAAGUUUGCUAUAAAGCUUAG